UAACGGCCAGGGAGGCGAGAGAAACCACGAGCCUCCAUGUAGCGUCGCCGUACUGAAUCAUCAUGAAGUCUUACAUACAUAUAUUCAGAGGACUUUUCUCUCGAGUGUGGAGUCUUUCAGACAGACAGAGAAGCCGAUCGAAGAUCUGAAAAAUGGGUCAGUCAGUGAAACCCAUAUCGAGCCCCGUCCCCGACGAGUGGUACCCAACCCUAGCCGUUUUCAUGCUCGCGAUCGGCCUCGUCGUCACCGCUUCUUUCUUCGUCUAUGAAGCAACCUCUUCAAGGAAAAACCGCAGCCUGGCAAAGGAACUCACCACUGGUGCUGUUGCAUCUGUUUUCUUGGGUUUUGGAUCCUUGUUCUUGCUCCUUGCUUGUGGUGUUUAUGUUUAAUUUCUGCUCGUCAGUGAACCGAGAAUGAUUUGGUUGAAGAAGGAUGUCUUUUUUGGUAGUAUCAGUUAAAAUUUCUAACGCUGUCUUAGCAGUGGGAGCUCAAUGAAUUGCUGGUUGUGUUUUGGAAGAACUUAAUUUGACAA